AUGACAGUUAUGAAUGCGAGCGAGGAGGCGUAUUAUCGGAUGCAAUCAGAAAUCUACAGGAUGCAAGAGACGUUACUGAACGCCUCUAAAGAGCAGGGAGCUGAGAGCCAGAAUACCAAAGCAACAAGCUUAAGCGCAGAAACAAAAAAGGGAGCAGAGGGGAUUACAAAGAAAGAUGAUUACGAAGUAAACUCUAUACAGGUAUUGGAGUAUGUGGAGGAGCAUUACGCGCAGCAAAGGCGAGAGAUUGGGAUUCUGAAGUACGAUCCUUUAAGGGAGGGUUGCUUUGAAGAAGCGGAGGGGGGUGAAGAGCAGCUGCCUAAAGAGACUUUACCGUUUCCCUAUGACGUGCAACAGAAACUCAUGCCUCCUCCGUUUCUUCCCAGGCUUUCAAACAAGGAUAUCAACGCAAUUGUGACGGUCGUGAUUAAAUCUGAGGACUUGCUUCACGCACGAGAGAAAAAUGGGAACAUUAGAAUUCAGAACCGGGAGCUAUGGGGAGUAGACAUAUACAGCUGCGAUUCUGACCCCCUGCUGGCACUGGUGCAUUGUGGUGCUAUAGACCUGCGUUCUGAUAUGGACUUGGUAAAGGGAAUGCAACAACGUGAGCUGCGACGCACCCCCGGAAAUAUCAAUAACCAGGAUAAUGUUAUAAGCACGCUUGUUCCUGAUGGCACGGGAAACCAAGGCUACCUUCCUUUCGAUGUAACGAUACAGCUACUAAUGUUCCCUCCCUUGCGGCGAUACCCUUCGCUAGAGCGCAACGGCUUCGUUUCCCGGGAGUGGGAUGGGUGGCAUGAUGGGCUGAGCUACGGAAUUCACGCUAUAAGGUUCCAACCUCGGGACACCUCAGUAAAAGAUGUGGCUGCUGAAGAACAGGUAGCUCACUUACGGUGGUAA